ACUACGAAUAUAUUGAAGGAAAGGAAUGUAAAGAGAGAAUUGGCGCUGGAAUUGAUAAAUCAACGUCAUUAUAUUGACGGUUUGCUCUGCCGCGUUUUUGGUUGAUGUGAGAGCUGAGCUGAGCUGUUACACACGCCUUCGUUGUCAACUGUCGGCGUUGAAACACCUACGACACACCAUAAUUCACACACGCAAGAGGACCAAACCACCACGAUGGGUACAAAACAGAGACUCAAGGGCGUCUUCAGUCGCAAAAUCGCCGUCGAAGACAACACCAUAACCUCCGCCGCGAACCUCACCCUCCGCCAAUCCAUCAUCCCCAAUCUCCUCGUAACAAUCCUCUUCUUCCUCUGGGGCUUCGCCUACGGCCUCCUCGACGUCCUCAACAGCCACUUCCAGCAACAACUCCACAUCACGGCUUCCAAAGCCUCCGGCCUCGCCGCCGCCUACUUCGGCGCCUACUUCCUCUGCCCCCUCACCAUCUCGGGCUGGAUCCUGCGCCGCUACGGUUUCCGCGUCACUUUCAUGUCCGGGCUCUCCGUGCUGGCGAUCGGAUGUCUACUCUUCUGGCCAUCCGGGGUAAAACGCUCAUUCGGCGGAUUCUGCGGGAGUAUGUUUGUCGUCGGCGCCGGUCUAUCCACGCUGGAGACUGCGGCGGAUCCGUUCCUGGCGAUUUGCGGACCGCCGAGGUAUUCUGAGAUUAGGUUGAAUCUAGCGCAGGCGGUGCAGGGGGUGGGGAGUUUCGUGGCGCCGUUGUUGGCGGCGAGGGUAUUUUUUCGGAAUGCGGAGUCGGAGGCGGGAUUGAAGAAUGUGCAGUGGACUUAUUUGGCUGUGGCGUGUUUUGUGGCUUUGUUGAUUAUUUUGUUUGCGGUGGUGCCGAUGCCGGAGAUUACGGAUGCUGAUAUGGCGGAGCAGGAGACGGAGAUUGUGGGGGAAGAUGUUGGGCCACUGAGGAAACAGUAUAAUCUCUUCCUCGGUGUGUGGAGCCAGUUCUGGUAUGUUGGCGCGCAAGUCGCCAUUGCCGGUUAUUUCAUCAACUACUGCAAGGAGGCUGGCAAGACCUCUGCACAGGGAUCCGACCUCCUCGCCGUCGCCCAAGGCCUCUACGCCGCAAACCGCUUCAUCGCCGCGGGGCUCAUGACUAUCUCUUUCUUCAGGCCGCGCUUCAUGUUAGCGGCCUACCUAGGUAUGUGCGCAGUCUUCUCCAUCGCUGCUAUGAACACCCACGGCGAUGCGGGGAUCGCGCUUUUCAUCAUGAUCUUCGUGUUCGAGUCGUGCUGCUUCGCUACCAUCUUUACGCUGGCACUUAGAGGGAUCGGGAGGCAUACGAAGAGGGGAGGGAGUUUCUUGGUUUCGGCGAUUUCGGGGGGUGCCGUCGUACCCCCAAUGAUGGGCGCGGUAGUAACAGCCCACAAUGCUCACUUCGCCAUGAUCAUCCCCUUCAUGGGUUAUGUUCUUGCCUACGCCUUUCCAAUAUAUGUUAAUUUCUUCAAUAAGGACGCCAUGGACAGCCAUCGCGAGACGGACCUGAAUGUUGUCCCCCGUGAGGAUGCGGGUGGUGAGAAGGAGGCGGGGGUUUCGGAGGAGAGGGAGAAUAAUGCUGUGCCUCCGGCUUAUGCGGGUAAGGAAUAA